ACUGAAUAGAAGUUACUAGAAGCGUGCUACAGUAGAAACCGCCGAAGAGACCCUGGUUUACAUCGCUACCCUUCUCCGCCUCACUACCUUGUAGUACUAUAGUAACGAACCAUAACACCGCAAUCCCAAAUUCCAUCAGUCGGGAAAAGGAUCUUUUCUUCUUCUCCCUCAGACAUGGACGCCGCUAACCUGAAUCAAUUGAAGCAAUUCGUUGAACAGUGCAAGUCCGACCCUUCUGUUCUCUCCGAUCCUUCGCUCGCCUUCUUCCGCGACUACAUCGAAAGUAUUGGCGGAAAGCUUCCUCCUUCUGCUUACAAGCCGGGAGAGUAUAAAGCGAAGUCUCAUGUGGUAGAAGAAAGUGAUGAGGAAAUGGGUGACUCUGGGAGUGAGGCUCAUCCAACAGGAACUACUGAAGAAGAGGAGCCUGAGAUAGUAGAAUCUGAUAUUGAGCUUGAUGAGAGUGGCGUUGUGGAGCCUGACAAUGAUCCUCCACAGCAGAUGGGAGAUUCAUCAGUGGAGGUUACAGAGGAAAAUCGUGACUCUUCUCAAGAGGCAAAAGCUCAGGCCAUGGAAGCACUUUCUGAAGGUAAGUUGGAUGAAGCAAUUGAUAAUCUUACGAAAGCAAUUAUACUCAACCCUACGUCUGCUAUUAUGUAUGCUACUAGAGCCAGUGUGUUUAUCAAAAUGAAAAAGCCCAAUGCUGCCAUCCGAGAUGCAAGUGCAGCUUUAGAGAUUAAUCCUGAUUCUGCCAAAGGGUAUAAAUCACGCGGUAUUGCACGAUCUAUGUUAGGACAAUGGGAAGAGGCUGCAAAAGAUCUCCACACAGCUUCAAAGCUGGACUAUGAUGAAGAGAUAAGUUCUGUACUUAAAAAGGUUGAACCCAAUGCACACAAAAUUGAAGAGCACCGAAGGAAGUAUGAUAGGUUGCGGAAAGAAAGAGAAGAUAGAAAAAUUGAGCGUGAGAGGCAACGUAGAAAAGCUGAGGCUCAGGCUGCUUAUGAAAGGGCAAAGAAACAAGAGCAGUCAUCAAGUAGGAGAAGUGGUGGCAUGCCAGGAGGGUUUCCUGCUGGUAUGGGUGGUGGCAUGCCAGGUGGUUUCCCUGCUGGUAUGGGUGGUGGCAUGCCAGGUGGUUUCCCUGCUGGUAUGGGUGGUGGCAUGCCAGGUGGUUUCCCUGCUGGUAUGGGUGGUGGGAUGCCUGGUGGCUUCCCUGCUGGUAUGGGUGGUGGUAUGGGUGGUGGGAUGCCUGGUGGCUUCCCUGCUGGUAUGGGUGGUGGGAUGCCUGGUGGAAUGCCAGGAGGUUUUCCUGGAGGCAUGCCUGGAGGGAUGCCAGGAAACAUUGAUUACAGCCAAAUACUGAAUGACCCUGAACUAAUGGCUGCUUUUAAAGAUCCAGAAGUUAUGACUGCUCUUCAAGAUGUGAUGAAGAACCCUGCUAAUCUAGCCAAGCACCAAUCAAAUCCCAAGUUGGCUCCGGUCAUUGCAAAAAUGAUGAACAAGUUUGGUGGAGCAAAGUAACAACAGUAUAUGGGUUUGAAUGUUUUUAUUCUGGUAGAGUUUGGUUGGGCCUUGUUGCAUUCUAUGCUUUUUGAUAUACUUUAUUAAAACAUGCACAGAUUUCUUAUGAACAUACAACUUUUAUUAUUUCAUCCUGAAGGUUUUCUGCAAUUUGAUGUUUUAAAGUAUUUUGGU